GCGAGGGCCAGGUACGGGGCCCGCCCCGCGGCGCCUGGAGCAGUGCGGGUUGACUGCCCGGCUGAGUGGAGCAGACCCACUGUGCGGUUGUGGCCUGCGCGAGGCAGAAGGUGUGCGUGGUUCCGGAAGGGGAGGCUGUCCUGAAGACACUGUCAACAGGCCCACCUGUGCCCUCGUGCCCUGGCCGCCUAAAGAGUCCCUGGGCACUGGCCACUGGGACCCAAGGACUCUGACCACAUGCCCUGCUCCAGCCUCUGAGGCUGCACCUCCUCAUUAGCACUGAUGCACUGACUGUGGGGACAGCUGGGAGGGUCCAGGUUGGGCCAUGCCUGCUCCCAGGCCCCCCCAGGCUCCUGAGGCCUGGAAGGUGAACUGAGGGAUUUCAGGGGCUCCUGGCUGAUUGGAUCUGCCUGCCCUCCCUUCCCCCUCAGCAAGGUGCCAGGAAGCUGGAACUUUGUUAUCUGGGUAAUUAGCUUCAGACCCUGGACUGAGGCCAGCCAGGUCCUGCACACUGUGCACCCUGACCCCAAGAGGGAGGCAAAGCUGCCCACACAGAGGCCCUGCCUGUUUAGCAGCUCUAGGCCAGGCCUGCCUAGGGAGCGGGCUGUGGGUACCUUGCCACGUUGCCCUCACUGCCUGUGGUUCGUGCCCCAUAGGGUGGCCUGGGCACCGUGUGGGUCCUCCUGACCCAACUGUGCCAGGACAAAGGGCACUGAGCCCUGGGAAGGGGAUGCACCCAAGGUUGCCAGUCCAGCCAGCUGCCCCACCCCUCAGGCCCGGCCUGGCACCCGAGCCCCCCGCUCUGGUGCCCCGAGCAGCCCUGCAGGCUGGUAGCAUCCACCAUGGCCGAACACCUGGAGCUACUGGCAGAGAUGCCCCUGGUGUGCAGGAUGAACACGCAGGAGCGGCUGAAGCAUGCCCAGAAGCGGCGUGCCCAGCAGGUGAAGAUGUGGGCCCAGGCCGAGAAGGAGGCCCAGGGUAAGAAGGUCCAUGGGGAGCGGCCGCGUAAGGAGGCAGCCGGCCGAGGGCCCCAGAAGCAGGUUCUCUUUCCACCCAGCAUUGCCUUGCUGGAGGCUGCUUCCCGCAAUGACCUGGAGGAAGUCCGCCAGUUCCUCGGGAGCGGGGUCAGCCCUGACCUGGCCAAUGAGGACGGCCUAACGGCGCUGCACCAGUGUUGUAUUGAUGACUUCCGAGAGAUGGUGCAGCAGCUCCUGGAGGCUGGAGCCAACGUCAAUGCCUGUGACAGUGAGUGCUGGACGCCUCUGCAUGCUGCAGCCACCUGUGGCCACCUGCAUCUGGUAGAGCUGCUCAUUUCCCGUGGCGCCAAUCUUCUGGCGGUCAACACUGAUGGGAACAUGCCCUAUGACCUGUGUGAAGAUGAGCAGACACUGGAUUGCCUGGAGACCGCCAUGGCCAACCGCGGCAUCACCCAGGACAGCAUCGAGGGGGCCCGGGCUGUGCCAGAGCUGUGCAUGCUGGAGGACAUCCGGGGUCUGCUACGGGCUGGGGCAGACCUCGAUGCCCCCCUGGACCACGGGGCCACACUGCUGCACAUUGCUGCUGCCAACGGGUUCAGCGAGGCUGCUGCCCUGCUGCUGGAGCACCAAGCCAGCCUGAGCGCCAAGGACCAGGAUGGCUGGGAGCCACUACACGCAGCAGCCUACUGGGGCCAGGUGCACCUGGUGGAGCUGCUCGUGGCACAUGGGGCCAACUUGAACGGAAAGUCCCUGAUGGACGAGACGCCUCUUGAUCUGUGUGGGGACGAGGAGGUGCGGGCCAAGUUGCUGGAGCUGAAGCACAAGCACGAUGUGCUCUUACGCGCCCAGGGCCACCAGCACUCCCUGUUGCGCCGCCGCACCUCCAGCGCAGGCAGCAGAGGGAAGGUGGUGAGGCGGGUGAGCCUAACCCAGCGCACCAACCUGUACCGCAAGGAGCAUGCCCAGGAGGCCAUCGUGUGGCAACAGCCACCACCCCUUAGCCCAGAGCCUCCCGAGGAUGACGAGGACGGCCAGACAGAUGCUGAACUUGGGCCGCCGCCCAUCGAGGAGGACAGCCCUGAGGCGGCCAGGCCACACAAUGGUCGAGUAGCGGGUCCCCCGGGCCGGCACCUGUACUCUAAGCGACUGGACCGGUGUGUCUCCUAUCAGCUGAGCCCCCUGGAGAGCACUGCCCCCCACACCCUUGUCCGAGACAAGGCCCACCACACCCUGGCAGAGCUCAAGCGCCAGCGAGCUGCUGCCAAACUGCAGAGACCUGCCCCUGAGGGGCCUGAGGCCCCUGAGUCUGUUCUGCCUGCUGAUACCGGGAGCCCUCAGCCUGAUUGUGGCUUUGGGGCGGCAGUGGAUCCACCCUUGCUCAAGCUCACAGCCCCAUCAGAGGAGGCUCCGGUGGAGAAGAGGCCAUGCUGCCUGCUCAUGUGAGAGGCUGUCGGCCUCAGGGGGCAUGGCCCCUGCCCUGCAGGCCUCCACCCCACAAUGUGCCCUG